AUGGAACUGGGUUUGCCCAAUCUUCCCUCUGAGAUCGUCUUCUACAUACUCUCCAGGCUACCCGUCAAGUCUCUUUGCCGCUUCAAAUCGGUUUCCAAGUCAUGGCUCGCUCAAAUCACCGACCCCCAAUUCGUCAAAUCACACUUUAAUCAAUCCAUGAAACACAACUCAAACCACAAGCUAAUCAUCGCUCCUGAGUGGGGUCACAGUACUGAUGAAUCUUUCUAUUCCAUAGACUACCAAGCACCCGAUCACCCCAUCGCGGAGCUCGAGAUGCCCUGUAAGUCUGGUGUUGAAAUUUGUGGCUCUUUGAAUGGAGUCAUACUCUUAGAUAUUGAUGAUGAGUCUGGUGUCAAAAUUUGUGGCUCAUUGAAUGGAGUCAUACUCUUAGAUAUUGAUGAUGAACUAUGUCUAUGGAACCCAUCAGUUAGAAUAUACCAGACGUUUUCACAACCUAAGUGCCCGGAUGACCGCAGUGAUAUAAUCUACGGGCUUGGUUAUGACUCUGUUAUUGGUGAUGAUUUCAAGGUUGUUGCGGCUUUUUCCCCUGUAAGUGAGGACACUAGUGUUGUUCAUGUGUUUAGUGCUAAACUAAGAUCGUGGAAGAGAAUUGGAGUCUUCCCUUACUGUAUUUAUCUGUAUGGGCUGGGGUGUGUUCUCAAUGGGGCACCGCAUUGGUUUGUGUCUGGCAUCACCGAUAUGUAUCUCCAUAUUGUUUGUUUUGAUGUUACAGAGGAGGUAUUCAAGGAGGUGCCCAAGCCUAUUGAUGAAAUUGAGGAGGAUCGUUUUAUUUUGGGGGUUUUGGGGGGAGAGUUCUUUUUCCGACACUUAGAGCUGUUGUGCUUCAUGAAGGGUGGAGAGGUCAUAAUGAAGUGGGAUUUGGAGAAGUUAGUGAUCUACAACCUGAAACAAAAUACAUACAAGAGGAUUGGGAUCCCUUACGAUUGCAAGCAGUUUGAUGUUACUGUAUAUGUGAAGAGUCUUGUUUCACCUCAUGGCUGCAACGACCCAAGAAGCUUGUGUAUAAAUACUCUUCUAUUGGUGCAUUCACGUUGUCUAUAUGCUUGUGAUCACUUAGUCCAACAACUUCAAAUCGGCCUUCCGAGCUGUCCGUUCGGCAAUUCAACAGGUCGGAUCUCAUCUCGGCACCAAGUAGCUUCUGAGCUGUUCAUUACCGAUAUGAGAUCCGAGUCGUUAAUUUCUUUUUCACUGCAGUCUAUGGAAGAGCCUCGUUACUACAAUGGCAGAGCCUUAAACAACGUCAUUGACCCAUUGGCAUAUUGA